UGGGAAAGUGCCCGGACUGGUCAGACUGUGUUUACUUUCUCCUCCGGUAGUGAGUGGAGGUCUGUCUGACAGAGCUGCUCACACUGAGGCAGAUUCAUGAGAAGCUCCGCAGAGAUCCGAAGGUGAAGCUCCGACAUGAAGCUGCUGGACGAGCGGAUAUGGGCGCUCUUUAAGCGCCACUGGAAAUACACGCUCACCUACUGGAGUGUUUUCUUCAGCUUCGGGCUGUGCAUCGCCUUCCUGGGCCCCACGGUGCUGGACCUCCGCUGUCAGACCCACUCCAGCCUGCAGCAGAUCACCUGGGUCUUCUUCUCCCAGCAGUUCUUCCUGCUGGUGGGCAGCAGCCUGGGGGGGCUCUUCAAGAAAACACUCCUGUCCUCCCUGUGGACACUCUUCUCCUGCUCGCUCAUCAUCUCUCUCGUGUUCUCCAUCAUCCCGCUCUGUAACCAUGUGUCGCUGCUGUCUGUCGCCAUGGCGAUCGCUGGUCUAGCCAUGGGGGUGAUCGACACCAUCUCCAACCUCCAGCUGGUGAAGCUCUACCAGAGGGACUCGGCCAUCUUCCUGCAGGCCUUGCAUUUCUUCAUAGGCGUUGGAGCGCUGGUCAGUCCGCUGGUGGCUGAUCCUUUCCUGUCAGACGACUCGUGUGUCCUGGGUUCAAACUGGACCCUGAACUCAUCAUCUGCCUCGGACCUGGGUCACCUCCGCAACAGCCUGGUGGGGCAGGGGGGCGCGAUCGCAAACAUCUCCCAGUAUCCUCUGCACACCGAGGGGGUGGUCAUCACCAGGGUGUCCUACGCCUUCUGGAUCAUCGCUCUGAUCAACCUCCCAGUGCCAGCAGCAGUGUUAGCUCUGAUGUGCCAUGAGAGACUGCUGCCUUGCUCAAGCACCGGUACACGCCUCAUUGAGAGAGCCGACUCUCAGGCCACCCCCUUUGAGGACAGUGAUGAAGGUUAUCAGAGUUUUUUCUACUGCUGUAACCUUGCCAAACUCCGAGGUCGCCCGGCUACUUUUUUCCUCCUCCACGCUCUCGGUGGGGCCGUCGUCUUCAUCACUGAUGGAAUAAUAGGCUCUUACGCUGGCUUCGUCUACACCUACGCAGUGUCCCCUCCUCUGCUGAUGGGUCAUAGGACUGCAGGCUAUCUGGACAGCACAUUCUGGGCCUCCAUCACAGUGGGAAGACUGGCUUUCAUCUACCUGUCCUACAGAUACUCAGCUCCCAGGCUGCUCACCGUCAGUCUGCUCGGGGUGAUCCUGGUUCAGUGCCUGUUGAUGAUCUUCUACACCAGCUGUGUGUUCCUCUUCAUCGGCACCUGUGUGUUGGGACUGUGCAUCAGCAGUGUGUUCCCCUCCAUGCUGGCCUUCACAGAGGACAUACUCGACUACAAAGGUUGUGCCACCAUGGUCCUGGUGACCAGUGCCAGCACCGGAGAGAUGCUGCUGCAGCUAAUCAUCGGAUCGGUGAUAGACAGUCAGGGCAGUUACUCCUUCCUGUUGUGUUGCACAGUGACGUCAUUCAUCAGCUUCUGUCUCUUCCUGCUGCUCCUUUUUGUCCAGCGUCACCAUAGAAACGGCCAAACAGAUCCGUCUCCAGGCAUGGACCUUAAAGAGAAGCCACAGCCCGGAGGUUCCUGAUCUGAACGUCCCUGAGAGACUGAGGGGGACACACACGGGACACACGUGACCAAUGAAUGUGCUCCGAUGAGAAGACAGCAGGAGAAGAAGAAGCCUCUCUGACACAUGGACUCAGAACAGGAGCUUUACCCUGGUCUCCUCCAAAUGAACAUGUUUGACGUACAGAAGCCUGAUGAUCAACGAGCAGCUCGAUGGAUGAGAAUUACUUGACUUUAUUUCAUGUUUGGCACAAUUAUCUCUUACAGCACUUUGUAACUUUGUCCUAGCCAUGACACCUUAAUGAUAAAGGGCGAUUUCUCACCUGUAGGUCGGUUUAUUUGUUCGAAACAACGAGGAAAGAUAGUUUCAUUUUGAUAAAAUGAGAAGUAAACAUGGAGUUAUUAACUUGUUGCUGGAACAGUUUCUGUGAUAUUUAUCCUGUGAUGUGUAUUCAUGUUCCUUGGUGUCACAACAAGCUCCUUGGUGUCACAACAAGCUCAGGGAGAAACAUUUAUACAUAUUACAAGCAUUAUUAGUUUGAUUAGACUGCGAAUUAGCCGCAUGGUAUGAAUAAUGUCCUACAAGUAGAGAGUGGUGCGGGAACGAGUCCUAAAAAUGAGCAAUAUACCGAAAUCAAAUGGAAAUAUCCCAUUGGUUUUUGUCGAGGGAGCACUUUGCGAUGCUACCCUCAGGCUCGACCUACAAAUAACGUCAUCGCUGCUCCUCUCCAUUGACAGUAAAGAUUUUUGAAUGUAUAAUUUAAUGAACAGACGGUGUACAGAAGAGUUGGAUUAAAGCACAACAUUUUAAACA